AUGUCCCUCCGCUAUGAAGUCAAGAGGCUCUAUCUAGGAAGGGAAUAUCCGCUUGGUUAUAAUUAUUUUCGACCCCGCUGUCACCGGGCGUUCAUGAGCCAAGCAGAUGAGACGGACCCGGGAAAAAUUAGGGAAGGAAUCCAGCGUGCCGAAUAUGUCAAGAAAGAGAUUGAAGCCCUGUUAGUAUUCCGGUAUGAUAACUUUGGGGUCGAUAGGGUUCGCUAA